GUGACACAGGUGGGCAAGAAAGGUGACGAGGAUCGUCUUUGGGGUGGACAGUCCACUAAAACUGAGGUUGACUUUCCCGUGGUGCAUGGAUUGGAAUAAGUGACAACUACUAUAAAUUGGAAUUCGGUGUUUGCUUUGCAACAAACACAAAAGGAUUCUGAAGAGAUUUGGGGCUAAAUAUUGUGUCGGUGGUGUGACAUUUGACUAGCGUUGUUUUGUGUGACACACGGGGAAGUGCCAAAGAUCAAUACAGGAAAAAGUCUGACAAGUUCCCACGCACGCAAGGUGCUGUUAUGGCGUCUAACUCGGCAGCUGUUUCCAGUCCAAUGGUCAUACUGGCAGCCAAGACUAAAACAAAGAAGAAACAUUUUGUGCAGCAGAAGGUUAAGGUUUUUCGAGCCAGCGACCCUGUCUUGAGCGUGUUUAUGUGGGGCGUCAAUCAUUCAAUAAAUGACCUAAACCAGGUCCCUGUACCAGUGAUGCUACUCCCUGAUGACUUCAAAGCCAACACCAAAAUCAAAGUCAACAACCACCUCUUCAACAAAGAGACUCUUCCAGGACAUUUCAAGUUCAAGGAAUACUGCCCCCAGGUAUUCCGGAAUCUGAGGGAGCGAUUUGGGAUUGAGGACCUAGACUACCAGGUGUCGCUGACACGCAGCCCCCCAGUUAGGAGUGGGGAUGCCCAGGGGGAGGGGCUCCUGCUCAGCUCCUAUGACAGGACGCUGGUGGUGAAGCAGAUCUCCAGUGAGGACGUGGCCGACAUGCACAACAUCCUGUCUGAGUACCACCAGCACAUCGUGAAGUGCCAUGGCAGCACGCUGCUGCCUCAGUUCCUGGGCAUGUACCGGGUGAGCGUGGAGAGCGAGGAGACCUACCUCAUCGUCAUGAGGAACAUGUUCAGCCACAGACUGGUGGUGCACAGGAAGUAUGAUCUCAAGGGUUCCCUGGUGUCUCGGGAAGCAAGUGACAAAGAGAGGGUAAAAGAGCUUCCCACAUACAAGGACAUGGACUUCAGGAACAACAUGCAGAAGGUGUAUGUGACCGAGGAGCAGAAGGAGAAGAUCAUGGAGAAGCUCAACAGAGAUGUGGAGUUCCUGGUCAAGCUGAAGAUCAUGGACUACAGCCUGCUGCUGGGCAUCCAUGACGUGGGGCGUGCCGAGCGGGAGGAGGAGGAGGGCGAGGAGCCCCCCAACGAGGAGGACCAGGACUCUGAGAACGGCCUGACACCCGCCCCCAUGGUGGGCUCCUACGGCACCUCACCCGAGGGCAUCGCUGGCUACAUGUCCUCCUGCAAGCCCCUGGGCCCGGGGGAGUUCGACCCCUACGUGGAUGUCUACGCCGUCAGGAGCGCCGCUGGUUCCCCCCAGAGAGAGGUGUACUUCAUGGGGCUGAUCGAUGUUCUGACACAGUACGACACCAAGAAGAAAGCCGCUCACGCAGCCAAGACCGUCAAACACGGGGCUGGUGCCGAAAUCUCCACUGUCCACCCAGAACAGUAUGCCAAAAGAUUUCGCGAUUUCAUCUCAAAUAUUUUUGCCUAGCACUUGAAACACUAUGUCCACCAUCGGUACAACUUCCAAUCAGAGAGCUUCUUUUUUCUUUUCUUUUUUUUUUUACACCUUGACUGACAUGUUACCUUUACCUGUUGUACAUCACCAACAUUGACCAAAAAUCACAGAUGGUUCUUAAUAUCAUAUAAUGUGUGCAACUGUUUCCAUUGUUGUAAUAUACUACUGAUGCAUAUUUAUUUCUAGAUUGAAAACUGUGUCAAAUGAAGUCCAUGUGUAGAAGCACUCUGACUUUGAAACAGAAGGGUACCUGACAAUAUAGAGCUACCUAUGUGUCUUCUGGGAGGUGUUACACUAAUUCAUACAGUACACUCCUCGGUGUACAACAAAGAAGGAUUGCCAGGUUAACAUUUUAAGAGAUGAAAAUGUCCUUUUCUACUUAGUUGCUGAAAAAACGUAAAUAUCCAUUUCUUCCAAGUAGCAUUCUGUCAGUUGGACAGGGGGUUUUGUAUGUAAAGUUUGAGUAAAGUUAGUUGGCUCACUUGGACAUCCUGCUCUGUGGAGACAGACCCUCCCGUAAUCCACUAGGAGCUGAAUCAACACGGGAUGUGGGCCAUUUCAUGGCCGAACACUUUGUAUACAUGCGCAUAUUCAGAGGGAAAGUGGUAGUGGAUGUUCCAGGCAGCUCCCCUCCCACCGACUCCUAACUAAGAACAGCAUUCCAGCUCCCUGUACCAGGGGAGCACCAGCCCAGAGCUUGUUGAACAACUCUUCCAAUCAACCUUCUGGAGCUUCUGUGCUGACUGUCAAACUAAGCAUACAUUUUAAAGAUGCACUACAAGAACAGAUGGAGUAGAAAGGAAGACCUGUAGAGCUAGACUCACUGGGUUUCCAGUUAGAAUAUGGCUGUUUUCUGGUAAUAUUUGCUGAGAUUUCACAGUACUAGCGUAGGUAUAUCAUGUUAAAUUAAUUGAACUUCUAGCAGUAGGUGAUAUUUCAGCUGCUUUAUGCUAUUAGCCUUCUGUGACGUUACUACUACAAUAUCUGAAUACACUGGACAAAUGGAGUAGACACAUUAUGUGUUUGUUGAUUGCACAUCAUGUAUUUUUGCAAAAUCAGCUUUUGGACCAAAUAUAUUUUACAAAGAUUUUCUGAA